AGAGGACUAAUCCGGAUGAUAAGUGGAAGCUCCUAUCUAACUGCCCUGGACUAUAUUACUGCCUGCAAGCUAAAAUUAGAUGAGACCUUACUGACAAUUAAAACUUAUGUGCCCUGGAACCAAAGAGGCCUUCUUUACAAGGUCCUACAGGAGGAAGGCGAGAAGAUGCUGCACAGAAAGUCUUCUAGUACCAAUGAACAUGGACUGAUGAGGAAAAAUAAAACGGUGGAGCAUGAUGACGACACAUCUCAAGUAUGUGAUGUUUCAGGCGUACACCAGCUUGGCAGUCUCCUAAUGAUGCUGGAUCCCACCGAUGACUUGUGCCGGAUUCUGUGCACGGAUGCCCUCUACCAGAUGGAUAGGGUUGAAGAAGCUCACAAGAUGCUUUCCUUAGCCCUCAACAGUAGUUCUCAAAGAUCUCCAGUCCUGGCCAGAUUGGCAUUGCUACAGUUCAAGAAAGGUUUCAUUUAUGAUGGAAACCAGCUCAUAAAGAAGGUCAUCCAGCUGGGCGACACUUCUUGCCUCCUCCCCAUCAUGGAGAUAUUUAAGGAAGACGACCGCAAAUUGAUGCAGAAUCACUGUCAUACGAAGGCAAUGGCGAUUCUGCAAAGCAAAGGGGAUACGUAUCUGAAGGAAGCCAUCGCUCACCUGUCGUUUGCUAUAAUUGCAUCAGGCGGACAUGCCAGGGACUCUUUACUGGCCAGAGCCAGAUGUUACGGGCAGCUGGGACAGAAGAAAACAGCCAUAUAUGAUUUCAAUAGUGUUCUGAAAGAGGAACCGGGCUGCGUGGAGGCGUUGUAUGGAAAGGGCUUGGUCUACAUGACACUGAACCAGCAGAAGGAAGCGGUGUGUGACAUGGUGCUGGCCUUCAGAGCAGAUGCAGGUUAUGUUGUCCAGGAGAUCCGCUCUUUGAAGCCAGAGGCUCAGUUACAGGUGGUGAAUUGGCUACAGGAGCACAGCCGUACGGGUCUGACCCAGCUACUCAAUGCCAAUAAGAGCCUGAAAAGUGACCCCGUAUUUAAGGACCUGGAGAUAAUCACAGAAUCGCUUUGUAAAAUUGACAAAAUGCAAGGAAAAAUUCAUCUACUGUGCACAGAUAUCCUUAUUGCAAAAGAAAGAUAUGAAGAUGCUUUCACACACCUUAAGACGUCUUUCAACAACAGCGCCAUUGAUGAAUCUGGUAAAGCCAGGUAUGGACUCCUCCAUGUCAAGUGCCGUAACAUUCUGACAGCAGCUCAGGAACUAUCUACCUUAGCUGGUAAAAACAGCAAUGAGCUGGAAAUUCUUGUGAAGUUUUUGGAUAAAAGGGAACGGCAAAGCCUCUCACAGGUGGCAGGACAAGAAGGCCUCUCCUUAACUCAAGACAAUGAUCAUGAAAAGGCUCUGAAUUAUUUUACCCUAGCCAUUAUAGCCAGUAACAAUAACCCUAAAUACCUGCGCCAGCGCGCCACCUGCCUUCUUCAUAUGGGAGACUACCACAAUGCGGUCACAGACAUGGACAAGGCCAUCCAAAGGCACAAUACUAAUGACCUCAAGACACAAGUGGAGGACUUCUGUUGUAAGGGAUACAUCUUGCUGUUACAGGAGGAGAAUGAAGCUGCCUGCAGGCAGUACAUGAAGGCUCUGAGUCUGGACAGCUCGUUGGCAUUGGCAGCCAUUAGCAAUACACCAGGAAAGCAGCGGCUGGUGCAGAAAUUCAGUCAGGUAUCGCAUAAGUAUUAUGAGCAAAAGCUCCUGGAGGAGUCGUGGAGAGUGACUGAAUGUGGAUUGCUUAUCGAUGAAACCAACCAGGAGAUGAGGAAACUCAAAGCCAAAAUUAAAAGAGAAGCAUCAGGAUGUAUUGUCCAUUAGUGCAUAGAGAAUAUAGAACCCCAGAUCUAUAGAGAAAUUCUCCUAGCCUUUCAGGAAAUAAUGUUGUCCAUAGGGGGCAGUAGUAAGCCCUGGUAUAGCAGAUAUUCAGUUUAGUUUGAACUUUCCUCAGCCAAUAAUAUGUUCAGAGGAGUUGUUACCCAGGCUGUGGCUAAAGGGGUUUAGGAGUGAGAGUCGCACCCAGGCCCUGGUCACUGAGGGGGCCCAAAUGCCCAUCUGCCACAUAAGAUGACACCAGUAUUAUAAAUGUUAUCUGAGCUCAGGAGCUUCAAGUUACACCUCUACUUGUCGCUUCCCUUCCCCCACAUAUCUUAGCAGCUAGUAUGUAGUACAGUACAAUUCUGACCAGGGGAGUGAUAAUGAACAAAUGAGAAAGUUUCUUCCAGGGUAGGGAUAUACAGUACCUCCACAUACUACAUAUAGCUAUGUAUACAUGAAUUCAGACCUAUAUAAAUACAUUUCUUUGUCUAUCAGGUAUAUGGACACCCCCUGCUCAUGACCCCCACUUCCAAUUUGGAACACUUGGUGCAACCAUUUAUGAUAUAGUCGUGAUUUAUAUAAAUUUUGCCCCAUACAUUUAGUGAUACUAGGUUAUUGCCAGGGUGGAUUCCAAGACUACAUUUGCUUGGUCUUAUUCUGAGGUAGGCCACAUGUACUCAACUGUGUGCCACGGACCACAAAUUGCGGUCCGCAAUGCACGGGCACCGACCAUGGGGCUGCCGCAUGUGCAUUCGCAUCCGACGGCAUGCACUACUUUUUUGCAGUGCGAAGGCACGGACAGAAAACCCACGCAAGCACUCCAUAGUGAAGUCAAGUGAAUGGGUGCCAGAACGUCCAGGGCCCGUAUUUUGUGGACCCGCUGUUUGAGGGCUGCAAUACGGGCCCGGCCGGCACACGGUCGCGUGCAUGAGCCCUUAUAGAAACGUUUUACACAAGUUUAGCUGAGCUGCUUUAAAGGGACAUUUCCAUCAAUUUUUUAAAACAUUAAAAACCUACAUGUGAAUAUUCAAUGUAUUUUUGUUUACAAUAAAGUUGGUGGAUGGUUUUCUGGAUAUAAUGUUUUGAAGCCACUGUCUGGAAUGUUAGCAUGGCAGAGAUUCCUACUUAACACUCUUUGUCAGACCAUUAGUGAGACCAGAGAAGAGUGAUGGGUGGUGCACCACACCUCCCCUUCGCCAUUCUAGAGGUGUAGAGCUUCUCACUUUACACUUCUCAAGGUCUAUCAAAAGAAAAAAAUAGAGCUGUAAUUCUGCAAUUCAUUCCAGUCCUCCACCUAUUAUUCUAAUGAGAUUACCUUACAUAAUAACCAUUCCAUGUGCAGCAGUCAUAAACUUAAAUGACUUUACUAUUGCUACAGAUUACAACAUUUGCAUGAAUUUUCAAUGGCACAGUACUGACAAAAUAAAAAUGCCAAAUAUUCUAAAAAAACCCUUUUUUCUAUGAAUAUAGAAUUUAUAAAAUACUCCUUUAUGACAGAGGUUUCCCUUUAAUGCAGAAGUAUGGUUAGAUUUUCAGAUCACUGUGCAAUGAUUGUUGUAAAAAUUGCAUUUCACAAGAGCAAACUGAGGAGACACUAAAGGUGGAAUGAUGGAAGAUUUCAGCUCUGAAGACUACAUAAUUGUAAAUAGAGCUCUGAAGAAUAACAUUGGAUGUAACUCAGGGUCAGUACAUGGUAUAUAAUGUAAUGUAUUUGCAAAGAUCUUCGCUUUUUUAUGUAUAUCAAGUCUAUAUAUGUAAACUAUGAACGAUGGACAUGUCUUUUAAAUUAAAAAUA